AUGAGCCGACCCGACAGCAGCACUGAUGAAAGAGGGGUCAGCCAAAAUGGAGACCCAGACCCGGAAGGUGGCCUCUCUGAGUUUACCAAUGCUCACACCGCAGCAGCGGGUCCUGAAACACGGCUUCUGUCCGCCUACAAGAGAGACACUCACGCCCGCAAAGUUUACCUGGCAGGGAGAGAGUAUUACAGCGAGGACGGGAACACCUUUGCGCUGCGUCUCGUUGGAAAGAUAAAGCAGCAGUUAAGCGCUGACCCCACCCUUCGUCCAGAGUAUCCACCUCCUCUCGGCUUGGCAGAUUUCACCCGGAGAGCCACAGAGGUUGCUCUGGGGAAGAGCUCCCGAGCUAUAGUGGAGAACCGGGUGUUAGGUGUCCAGACUCCUGGCUUUACCGCUGCUGUACGCCUUGGAGCUGAACUCUUGAAGCACUGGUACGACGUCUGCGCUGCCUGGUGCGGGCCGGUCUACCUCUCUUCCCCUUGUGAUGACUCAUUGGCUGGUAUCUUCCAGGCAGCGGGGAUCCAAGACAUCCGUGAGUAUUAUUACUGGGAUGACAGGCAGUGGGGCGUUUGUUUGGAGAAGCUUCUGGAGGAUCUGGAGAGGGCUCCGGAGCGAAGCGUUGUUGUUCUGUCGGCGUCUGCCCACUACCCGACCGGAGCAGACCUCUCUCAGGAUCAGUGGCCUGCGAUUGCGCAACUCAUCACGAGGCGAAGGCUUUUCCCUUUCCUCUUGCUGCCUGCUCAGGCGCUCUGCUAUGGAGAUUUGGAGCGGGAUGCCUGGCCUGUCCAGUACUGUGCAUCGCAGGGGAUGGAGCUCUUCUGCGCUCAGUCGUUCUCCCACUGCUUUGGACUAUAUGGUGAGGCGGUCGGACACCUCCUGUGCGUCCUAAAGCAGAACGGCCUCCGGUCAUCUGUGCAGUCUCAAGCUGACAAAAUAGUCAGGUCACUGUGGGCCCGGCCACCCGCGGGAGGAGCGCAUGUCGUCGCCACAGUGCUCGGUAACCCAGCCCAUCUUGUUGAAUGGCAGGGAGAAGUGAAGUGCAUUGUGGAGAGAUGUAUGCUGAUCAGAGACAUUUUGAGAGAAAGGCUGAGGCUGUUGGGAGCUCCGGGUUGCUGGGACCACCUGAUCCAACAAGGUGGACUUUACUGUUGCACAGGCUUGAAUGGUCAUCAGGUAGAAUUCCUGACAAAGAGAAGACACGUGUACCUGCUCCCCGGCGGCUGUCUAAACAUCAGCGCAAUCAACGCUCGGAACUUGGACUAUAUAGCCGAGUCCAUCCAUCUGGCUCUGACCACUUCACUCUGACUAUGUGGCUUUUGAUCAAGAUCUGAAAUCAGUGUCAAAGGGGCUUUUUGGCCUGAUUGAAGCUUUCACAUUGAAAAGCUUGGUUUCGGGUUUACUCCUGCAGGUCCAGCUACUGCAAAAUAAAUGCUAUUUAAAUAUACAGAAAAAGAUGUGGGCAAAAAUAUGUUUGCUUUUUGAAUUAUCACUGACUCCGAGGUCCAGUUAUUAGUGACUGCAGCAGAGACCAGGCUGCGCUGGUCCUUCAGGUGAGAGGAGUGAGGUGAGAUGAGUUCACGUUUACUGUGUGUCGUAUACGCAGGAGCUAUAUUCAGCAGUGAAGGAAGUGCUCAGGCCUCUUGAGUACAAGUAGAAAUAUCCGAAGAAGCAAGUCCUGCAUUUAGGAAAGCAUGAGCAUUAAAAUAUGCUCAAACGUAGAAAUACUCCAUAAGCAGAAUGGCCCUUUUCAGAAUAGUGUUUAAUAUAUCAUUAGAUUAUGAUUAUUGAUGCAUUAAUAGCUAAUAAAGGUGGAGCCGAUUGAACUUCUUCAUAAUCUUAUCUUAGCCUAUAAUAAUGCGUCAUGUUGAUUGUAUUUUGUAUUAUUGAUCUAAAUCUGCAAAAUAACUAGUAACUACAUUAGAAAUGUGGCGUAAAGUGUACAUUUGCCUUGAAGUAAGAGUAUAAAGUUGCAGAAAAUGGAAAUAUUCAAGUGAGGCAUGAGUACCUUUAUACUGUACUUAAGCACAGCAAUGUAAAUGUACUUUUUUUGCUUUCCACCACUGCCUGUAUUCGAUAAAACAAUAUGACAACAAUGGAGUGAUGCUUUUGUUAAAAUUGUGUUUAUCUGUGUUUAUCUGCAGUAAAACG